AUGCCUUCAGUUGAUAGACAGUCAUUGGUGUUCUUCAUCAUAAUGUUUAUCUUCCUUACACUACCCAAUGGGCAAGACCAACCUCAUUCAUAUCAGGAGCGUCAAACGUUGACGAUGUUUCAGAAAUCUAUAACUGAAAAUCAGAAAGCGCUAGCGAAUCGUGAAUAUGAACAAGGAUAUGGAAAUCUCACGGGAUUUUUGUUAAGUUAUGAUGAUAUGAAACUGGGAAAAAAGGAAGAAGACUGGCCUCUUCAUAAUUAUAAAGAAACUCCAUGGAUCGAGGAUGAAAAGUAUAGUUUAUUACCAAAUGUUAUUAGUGAUAAAGUUAAAAGUUUUUGGGGCAAUGAUAAAGUUGAUCUUAAUAAUGAGAAUGAAUUGGGGUAUUUAUUCAACAUUAGUGGAAGAUUAGAAGGGAAAUUUAAGAAGAAUAAUGAGAGAAGUAAACAGAUUGAAAAGUUCCCUUUAAAAUUACCUAAAUAUUUAAGAGAUUAUUUUGAAAGUAUUAAUUCCGGGGACGGGAUCAUUGAUGAUGGGAAUAAUGAUGGGAGUAACGACAGAAAAGUUGAUGAAAUCAUUAAUAAGGUGGGGAAUUUAACCUUUGAUGAAGGAAAAAUUGUUGUCUCCAUUAAAAGCAUGGAUUACAAUUAUAAGAAUCCAGAAAUUUUAAAGCAUAUUAAAACUCCUGAAGAUAAAGUAGAUGAUGCAGUGAUUGUUGAAUUGAAGAUGAAUCUUAUGGAUGAGUCAGAAACCAGUAAGAAUGAAAUAUCAACCUAUGGAGUUUACUUCCAAGAUUCAGGAUCAUUGAUUAGUAUCACUAAUAGUGGGAAAUUUGCAGGACAUUUAGGAGCACCCAGUUUAACGAUGAAUGAACGUAAUUUUGGAGUUAGUAAGAAAAUCAUCAGUCAAUAUUUGAAUGGAACUUCUCUUGAAGAACAAAUAAGUAUGGAUGAUAUGAAUAAUUUUAUUGUACAAUCAUUUGAACAAUGUGAAUUUAUAAACUAUUUCCAAUUAGAAAAGACUGAAUUUCUGAUCAAAGAAUUAAAAGAAAUAGAUGAAGAAUUGGUUAACCCUAGUGGCAAACCUAUAAGUAAGAAUAAACCAAAAAUCAAAAUCAAUGAAAUGUUACUUUAUUCUCCUGAUUGUGGAAUUGUUAUUGAAGAUUCUAAAGUGGAAGGAGAAAAAUCCGAAAUCGUUACUAUUAGAUUCCGUCAUGUAUUCAUGGGAUUCUUGGUGAUUAUUGUUUUGCAAUUGUAUUUGUUUUUGGAUCAAAUUGAAAAAUCCAAAACUCCAGGUCAAUUAUCAAAUAUUUCUUCAUUGACAUUAUACAUUUUACAAUAUCAAGAUGCAUUGAUUGCAUUAACGUUUUUGAUAGUGUCAACAAUAUUCGAGAAAAUCUAUCUAUUGUUAGUUACCAUUGCUAUUGUCACAUAUAUCAUGUGUGGGAUUUUCGAAAUGGGAUUUUUAACUCAGGUAAUUAAAACCCAAAUGAACGAAAGAGGUACAUCAUGGUGGGAGAUUUUAAGGAGUUCAACAGCUAGAAAUAAUGAAAAUUCAGAAUCUUCACCCAAUGAAGAUGGUACCCCUGCCACAACCGAUAACCCAGCCACUCCAGCAACACCAACACAACCUACACCAAUAAUAGAUAACGAUGAUGCUAAUGUUUGGAACGGAAUUUUCGCCCCCGGAUUUGCUAUCACUAUAAUAUCAACUUUCCUUAUACUUAAUUCUUCAAUGUGGAGGAAAUCUUAUAGAAAGACAUUUGAAAUGGUUGGUUUAACUUUAUUGAAUUCUUAUUGGAUCCCUCAAUUUUUCCGUAAUACUUUGAAAAAUAGGAAAACACCCUUUGAUUUGAAAUUCGUUCUUGGGACUACGAUUUUAAGACUUAUACCCAUUUAUUAUGUAAAUUUAUUUCCAACACCUUUUAACCAUGAACGUAAUCAAAACUUUGUCAUAUUUAUAACGGUAUACGUAUUCCUACAAUUAUCAUUAUUAUAUUUACAGAAUUUCAAUCCAAGAUUUUGGAUUAAUGAUAAAUGGUUACCUAAAGCAUAUAAUUAUCAUCCAAUUAUAAAUUUGAAUGAUUUAGAACAUUACGGAUCAGAUUUAUUAUCAUCCGUCAAUAUUGAAUCUGAUGAUAUGGACGAAACUGUCAUAAAGACCGAUUGUGCUAUUUGUAUGAAUGAUAUUAAUUUACCAAUAUUUAAGAAUAAAACUAAGAAAGUACCCAAAGAUUAUAUGGUUACCCCAUGUUUCCAUAUAUUUCAUAGUGAAUGUUUAGAGGAUUGGAUGAAGUAUAAAUUACAAUGUCCAAUAUGUAGAAACGGAUUACCUCCAAUGUAA